UACAAAUUACAAAGGAGUGAAAUGUAUUCAUCCAGUGAAGAACAAUAGAGAAAAAGCGGUUAUUGCGAAGCCAAUGCCAACAACAAGUACUUUUUCUUGCAGUGUUUGUAUAUCACACCAUACUCGAGUUAGUGUAGUCUAGGGUUUAUCUUUAUCCGAAGCAAAAACCAAAACCCUAAAUUCCCAAUCCUUGAUUUCCCUGCACAAACCCUACUCACCACAUCCAUGACGAAGGUUUACGGCACCGGAACUUACGAUUUCCGCCGUCACAGAGUAGCGGAGUACCCAUUGGCAGAACCAAAAGCCGGAGAGCGGAGUCAAAAAGGAGGUAGCGGUGGCGGUUUACAGAGCACAAUCACUGUUUCUGAGAUUCAACGCGACCGUCUCACGAAGAUUGCUGAAUCUAACUGGUUGAAAACUGAUGAGAAGAAGAAAGAUUUCGAUCCGGAACUUGUUGUGAAGAUUUAUGAAACGGAAUUGUUGGUGAAAGAAGGUCAAGGUAAUAAGCCUGUUCCUCUUCAGAGAGUUAUGAUUUUGGAAGUUAGUCAGUAUUUGGAGAAUUACCUCUGGCCGCAUUUUGAUCCUCUUACUGCUACUUUUGAGCAUGUUAUGUCAAUCAUCAUCAUGGUCAAUGAAAAGGUUUAUCUCUGUCUUUGUUUUUUAAGUUACAAUUCUUCAAUUGCUUAUAUAUUUUGUUUUGUAAAUCUAAUUUGUGGGUGUGGGUGGGAAAUUUUAUUGAAAAAAUGUAUGUGUGGAUUGCAGUUCCGAGAGAAUGUUGCUGCUUGGGUUUGCUUCCAUGAUAAGAAAGAUGUUUUCAAAGAAUUUCUUGAGAGGGUUAUUCGACUAAAGGAGGGAAGAGAACUGAAUAUUGCAGAGAAGACAAAUUACCUUGUUUUCAUGAUAAAUGCGUUUCAGAGUUUAGAAGAUGAGGUUGUUAGAAAAACCGUGUUGAGACUAGCAAGUUUGAAGUCCUUGUCCAGUUUGUCUUUUGGUCGUUUUCAGAUGGAGCUUUGUCUUAAUCCAGAGUUGGUCAAGAAAUGGAAAAGGAUGUUAAAGAAGGAACCUGUGAAAGGAGGGCAGCAUUCAGAUCCUUCAACUGCAGUUGAAGUGACGUUUUUGAAGAAUCUCAUAGAAGAAUUUCUGGAGAUACUGGAUUCACAUGUAUUUUCCCAGAGACAGUUGUCUGGUGAGGAUGAUGAAGUAAUUGAUGAAACUGGUUUGUGGCUAAUUAACGAUGCCUGUGUCCUCUAUUGCGAGAGGUUUAUGGAAUUUCUUAUUGACCUUUUGAGUCAACUGCCUACAAGAAGGUAUUUGAGGCCCCUAGUGGCUGAUGCAGCUGUAGUUGCCAAAUGCCAUCUGAGUGCACUCUAUAGGCAUGGAAAGGGGAAACUUUUUGCUCAGUUGGUUGAUUUAUUACAAUUCUAUGAAGGGUUUGAGAUUAAUGACAAUACUGGUGUACAGCUAACAGAUCAUGAGGUUCUUGAAUCCCAUUACAGCCGACUGCAGUCAUUCCAGCUACAUGCAUUUAAAAAGAAAGUCAACAAUCUGCGGGAACUUGCUUUGACUAACAUUGGUUCUCUUCACACACGUGCAAAUCUGUCCAAGAAAUUGUCUGUUCUUUCUCCCGAGGAGUUGAGGGAUUUGGUUUGCUGUAAGCUCAAACUGGUUUCUAAGGAAGAUCCCUGGACGGAGAGGGUGGAUUUUCUUAUUGAAAUAAUGGUGUCCUUUUUUGAGAAACAACAGUCUCAAAAGGAAGCUAUCAAUGCUCUUCCUCUUUAUCCAAAUGAGCAGAUUAUGUGGGAUGAAAGUGUUGUACCAAGCAUAAAUUACACCGGAGAAGGUUGUUUAGCGUUACCAAAGCUAAACUUACAGUUUUUAACAUUACAUGACUAUCUUCUCCGAAAUUUUAAUCUCUUUCGACUUGAAUCAACAUAUGAGAUACGCGAGGACAUUCAGGAAGCUGUUCCACAUCUUCUUGCAUAUAUUAAUAUUGAUGGAGAAACUGCUUUUCGAGGUUGGUCAAGAAUGGGUGUACCAAUCAAACAGUUCAGGAUUGCUGAAGUGAAACAACCCAACAUAGGAGAAGUCAAACCAUCAUCCGUAACAGCACAAGUUACCUAUAGCAUAUCCAGCUACAGGUCACAUAUUAGAUCUGAAUGGGAUGCACUAAAAGAACAUGAUGUAUUGUUUUUAUUAACUAUUCGCCCAUCGUUCGAGCCUCUGAGUGCAGAAGAAGAAAACAAAGCUAGCGUGCCACAGAAGCUUGGCCUACAAUAUGUACGGGGGUGUGAAGUUAUUGAGAUUCGUGAUGAAGAAGGGACCCUUAUGAAUGAUUUUUCUGGUAAGAUUAAACGGGAGGACUGGAAGCCACCAAAGGGGGAACUGAGAACAGUAACUGUAGCUUUGGAUACAGCGCAAUACCACAUGGAUGUCAAUAACAUUGCUGAGAAAGGUGGAGAGGAUGUUUAUGGUACAUUUAACGUGUUAAUGAGGAGAAAGCCAAAAGAAAACAAUUUUAAAGCAAUCUUAGAAUCAAUAAGGGACUUAAUGAAUGAAUACUGUAUUGUUCCUAAAUGGUUGGAGAAAAUAUUUCUUGGUUACGGGGAACCUUCUGCAGCUCAGUGGACUAAUAUGCCCGAUCUAUUGGAAACAGUAGAUUUCAAAGAUACAUUUUUAGAUGCUGAUCACUUGAAAGAAAGUUUUGUGGAUUACGAGGUUACUUUCGUAAAUUCUAAUCGCCUAGAGGACUUGAAUCCAACCCCUCCUUUUAAAAUCAAGCUUCCCAGGACACUCAAAGGAAGCAAUGGUGUCCUUCCUGGGAGUGCAUUGUCUACUUCUGGUGCAGCAAACAAUGUCAAUAUGGUUGAUGCUAAUCAUCAUAAAGAAACACUGACAGUUGAGACAUAUACUCCUCCUGACCCUGGUCCAUAUCCUCAAGAUCAGCCAAAACAAAAUUCAGUUAGAUUUACAUCCACACAGGUUCAAGCAAUUAUAUCAGGUAUUCAGCCUGGUCUAACUAUGGUUGUGGGGCCACCUGGUACCGGAAAGACUGAUACAGCUGUGCAAAUUCUAAAUGUUCUUUAUCAUAACUGUCCUUCCCAGAGAACCUUAAUAAUCACUCAUUCAAAUCAAGCUUUGAAUGACCUUUUUGAGAAGAUAAUGCAGAGAGAUGUACCUGCCCGUUAUCUUCUCCGACUUGGUCAAGGAGAACAGGAGCUUGCUACCGAUCUUGAUUUUAGUCGGCAAGGUCGUGUUAAUGCAAUGCUUGUUAGACGGUUAGAACUGCUGAGUGAAGUUGAGAGGCUGGCUAGAUCUCUUCAAUUGCCAGAGGAUGUGGGUUACACUUGUGAAACUGCAGGAUACUUCUGGUUGCUUCAUGUUUAUUCCCGCUGGGAGCAAUUUGAGGCUGCUUGUGCUCGUGAUGAGAAUAAAAAAAAGGCAACAUUUGUUAGAGAUCGUUUUCCCUUCAAAGAGUUCUUCUCUGACACACCACAUCCUGUAUUUACAGGCGUGUCUUUUGAGAAAGACAUGCGGGCGGCUUGGGGGUGCCUUCAUCAUCUGAAGACUAUGUUUCAAGAACUUGAAGAGUGUCGAGCUUUUGAAUUACUAAAGUCUACAGCAGAUAGAGCUAACUACUUAAUGACCAAGCAGGCUAAAAUUGUGGCAAUGACUUGUACUCAUGCAGCUUUAAAGAGGAAAGAUUUCCUUCAGCUAGGUUUUAAGUAUGACAACUUGUUGAUGGAAGAAAGUGCCCAGAUUUUAGAAAUUGAGACUUUCAUUCCAAUGUUACUCCAGAGGCAGGAGGAUGGUCAUGCACGGCUUAAACGCUGCAUUCUAAUUGGUGAUCAUCACCAAUUGCCUCCUGUUGUGAAGAAUAUGGCUUUCCAAAAGUACAGCCACAUGGAUCAGAGUUUAUUUACCAGGUUUGUCCGUCUGGGCAUUCCUUACAUUGAGCUAAAUGCUCAGGGAAGAGCCAGGCCAAGUAUAGCCAAACUUUACAAUUGGAGAUACAGAAACUUAGGAGACCUUCCUUAUUUAAAGGAGGCAGCUAUAUUCAAUAGGGCAAAUGCUGGUUUUGCUUAUGAUUAUCAGUUAGUGGAUGUUCCAGAACACCUUGGUAAGGGGGAGACAACUCCAUCUCCAUGGUUUUACCAAAAUGAAGGAGAAGCAGAAUAUAUUGUCAGCGUUUAUAUAUACAUGCGCCUAUUAGGGUAUCCUGCCAAUAAGAUAUCAAUUUUGACCACUUACAAUGGCCAGAAACUUCUCAUCCGUGAUGUUAUAAACAGGAGAUGUGUUCCAUAUAACUUCAUUGGUCCCCCAAGCAAGGUUUCUACAGUAGAUAAGUUUCAAGGUCAGCAAAAUGAUUUUAUAUUGCUGUCUCUUGUGCGUACUCGAUUUGUUGGUCACCUACGCGAUGUAAGGAGGUUGGUGGUUGCCAUGUCACGUGCUAGGCUUGGUUUAUAUGUCUUUUGUCGCCGUUCAAUUUUUGAGCAGUGCUAUGAGCUGCAGCCUACAUUUCAACUUCUUCUCAAGAGACCUGACCGUCUUGCCCUUAAUAUGAAUGAGAUAACAUCAUAUACUGAACGAAAUGUUGAAGAUCCUGGACCUAGUCAUCAUGUACAUCUUGUCAGUGGGAUUGAUGAGAUGGCUAGUAUCGUAGACAGGCUGUAUCAGGAAAAGAUGAGAUACCAAUAUGAGCAAAAUGGGUCUUACUUAAGUCACCCAGAACCAUCAGUAAUUACAGAUGAGGUGCAAAACAGGCAGCAGACUGUGGAUACUGAUAUGCUCGAACAAAAAGAUGAAAUGGCAGAUGAAAGCGGUGAUGCUACAAUUUCUGAUAACAUCCGUGUUCCUGGAGACCUGCCUCCUGAGAAGAGUAUGGAAGAUGCUACUAAAGUUGACGGCGUUAGUCAUCUAGAACUGUCAGUAAAUACAAAUACGGUGCAAAACAGGCAGCAGAUUAUGGAUACUGAUAUGCCUGAACAAGAUGAUAUGCCGCAUGAAAGUGGUGAAGCUACAGCUGUUGAUAACCAUGUUUCCGGAGAUAUGCCACCUGAAAAAAGCAUGGAAGAUGUUACGGUAGCUGACAAUAGUGCUGGUGUUGCAAAUGGGAGUCCAACACCAUAGAAUCCCUUCAAACAAGGGACAGGUGUUAGAGGUCCCAUAAGGUAUGCAAAUGAGCACUUGACUAGGUAGUUAUUUAUUUUUUAGAGUGUAUCCAGAAGUUCUGAGGAUUCCUAUGUCCAGAUAAAUCAUACUGAAUUGACCAGUGUCUUGUAUGUACAAUAGAAAGUGAGGUGGAGGAUUUAUUGUCUUGUAUGUACAAUUGUAGUCAUGGUUAAUUAAUUGUACACGCGUAGUGGAGGACUGGAGGUAGUAUUUUUCAUUCAAAUUUUGAUGCACCGAUAAAUUUCUACUGUAGAUUUUAUAUUUCCUUAUUAAGAAUUUCAAUGUUAUGUAUCUCUGGCUUGACAGCUAUUCUUGGAAGCAAGCUAGACAUAACUUUAACUCA